UACGCCAUUAUUGCAUACUGACGCUACGACGCAUUGUUCCAAGCAUUUUUGUAGGUUUUUCCUAUAUUUUGUCACAUUCGUCUAUAUUUGAGGUUUCAUAAUGAGUGAUAUUGAGCGAAGUGGUAGCCGUAGUGCGAGUCCUAGAAGACCAAGAACAGCAGAUGGAGGUCUGAGAGAUUCGCGUUCACAUUCAAGAUCACGUAAAUCACGAGAACGUAAAGAAACUCAUCGGCCAGUAAAAGAAUAUUCACGAUCACGAAGCCGUUCAGUGUCAAGAGGAAGAAAAUCAUAUCGUAGCAGCAAGUAUGCCAGUGCAGGUCACCGCGGUAGUAGUCGCAGUCGUAGUCGUUCUCCUUACAGAGGUGGCAGAUAUUCUCGAAGCAGAUCUCGUUCAUACUCUCGUUCCCGCUACUCUCGCGAACGUGACAGGAACAUUUAUCGUUCGCACUCCCGCAGUCCAAUGUCAUCCAGAAGACGUCACGUUGGAAACAGAGACAAUCCUUGUCCUUCCAGAUGCUUGGGUGUAUUUGGACUUUCUAUUUUCACAACUGAACAACAAAUACAUCACAUCUUUUCCAAAUAUGGACCUGUUGAACGUGUGCAAGUAGUAAUUGAUGCAAAGACUGGACGUUCCAGAGGAUUCUGCUUUGUAUAUUUUGAAUCAUCUGAAGAUGCUAAAGUAGCAAAAGAACAGUGCACAGGAAUGGAAAUUGAUGGCCGAAGAAUAAGGGUAGAUUUUUCAAUCACACAGCGAGCUCACACACCAACACCAGGAAUUUACAUGGGAAAACCUACACAUUUACAUGAUAGAGGGUGGGAUGGACCUAGACGUAGAGACAGUAGUUACAGAGGGAGUUAUCGACGUUCACCUAGCCCAUACUACAGCCGCCGUCGCUCACGCUAUGAUAGAUCUAGAUCACGCUCCUAUUCGCCACGUCGAUAUUAAGUGACACGAGUGUGAUGCGAGAGGCCAGGUGUUUGGGAGACCAUUUGUGUGACUUGACCCUUUGACCUCAAAUUUCUUCUAACAAUACUGUACCGGGUCAAAAAAUGCAAACGCUACAUUCUUACUACUAUUCUUACCUUACCUAAUUCUGCAUCUUAUGCAAUUAAUAUACGGCAUUUAAAUUACGAUAUUGUACAAUAUCAAUUAAUGAGAUAAUUUAAUAUGCAAAGGAGUGUAGCAUAUUCUUUGCAUAAAACAGUAAGGUUAGAAUGGACGA